GAUAUAUAUCUGGAGAAGAACUAGAUGUAGUCGACAACUACAUAUAUCUUGGCCAAUGGAUCUCAGUGGAAGAUGAUACAAUAAAAGAAAUUGAACGGUGUGUUAAAUGUGGUUGGCAGGCAUUCGGCAAACUAAGCAUAAUUUCCUCCUAUGCUUGAAAAGUUUUCGAUCAGUGUGUGCUACCUGCUCUAGCAUAUGCCAGUGAAACAUGGACACUAACCACACAGUUGAUACAAAAGCUAAGAGUGGCGCAAAGAAUCUAAAAAGAUACACGCUCAGCAUCACAAGACAAGAUAGAAAGACUCGCACAUAGAUUAGAGAACAAACGAAAGCAUACGAUGCCAUCAAGAGAGUAAAAGAAUGGAAAUGGUCAUAUAGAAAGAAGAACUGAUGGCAGGUGAACCAAGGCAGUCAUAGAAUGGAUCCCACUUGAUAAAAAGCGUCCACGAAAAAGACCUAGAACAAGAUGGAUUGACGACCUCAGCCAAGUAUGGCUUGCCCAAUUGGCAAAAGAAAGCUUGGGAUCGUAUUGGUUGGAAACAUGUGGAAGAGGCGUUCAUCCUGCAGUGGAUAAAAUGAUGGUGGUGGUGAUGAUAAUGAUGAUGAUGAUGAUGAUGAGGGGAAGAACAAAGAGUACUGUGCCCCAGCCCUCUGUUUAUUUUUAUAUACAAUAAGCUCACCAAUUAAAGGAUACCUUAAAUGGGAAAGACCGUGAACUUGCCAGUCUCCACCGCCAGUUUGAUGGAAUACACUCAGAGCUUGGGGAAACUGCCAGAAUAAAAGAAAUGGCUUUGAAGGAAAACAGAAGAUUACAGGAUGAUCUAGCCACAAUGACUAGAGAAAACCAGGUGAUCUCGACUGAAUUGGAAGUAACGUUACGUGAAAAAGAAGAACUGAAAGUUAGAGUUCAUAAUUACAUUACUGAAGUGUCCAGAUUUGAAAGUUUAAUAUCCUUAAAGGAAAGAGAAAAUAAAGAAUUAUUGGAGAAGUUCCAGAUGCUUCAUAGCCAAGCCGAAGAUUGGGAAGUAAAGGCCCAUCAAGCUGAGGGACAAAACAGCUCAGUACGAUUAGAGCUCCUUUCAGUUGAUACUGAACGAAGACACCUUAAAGAAAGAGUAGAAUUACUGGAAAAAGAAAUCCAAGAGCACAUCAUUGCACAUCAAACUUACGAAUCUCAAAUCUCUUCAAUGGCAAAAAAUAUGGCCAAGCUGGAAGAAAUGCUCAGACGUGAAAAAGAAGAAAAAUCUUCAAUAAAUCAGGAUGUAUCUGCCGUUAGAGAUCUAUGUGUCAAACUGGAAUCUAGCAAAGAUCUAGUCUCACGCCAAUUAACAUCCAAAUCUAUGGAGUUUGAGAGGAUUGUGUCUGAAUAUGAAGAUGCAAAGGCAGAAGCAGAGCUAUUAAAAAAGCAAUUGUCAAGUGAGCGGCUUACAAUACAAAACUUGGAAACACUCUUGGCUACCAGCAGAGACAACGAUUUUCAGAAUCAUUUAAUAACCCAUGAAAAGGAUUCAGAGAUACAAUUGCUCAAAGACAAAUUAACUCUCUCAGAAAGUAAAUUAACAAGUCUCAGCAGAGAAGUUUCUAUACUGCGAAAUAAACUUGCACAGCUGCAGACUGAUUAUGAUAUUGUGAAAAGACAGCUGACAACAGAGCAAUUUGAACGGGAACGUGCCAUCCAAGAGAUGCGACGACUCGGGUUUUCUACCACUUCUUUACCUACCUCAUCGCCACUUAGCUCAACUUUGAGAUCUCCAUCGCAUUCUCCAGAGAGAGCAUUUUCAGUAACAACAGAACGGACAGAAAAAAAUGUGGGCUUCAAGGAUUAAUCAGUUACUUUAAAAGCAGAACAAUAAUGCGAUGUUUCCAUGUUUGGACUCACUGUCAGCGUUGACUUGAAUUCUACCUCUAAAAUGUUAAAUCAUUAAUACUAGGAUUAUUGAAACAACAAGAAAUUGUGUGGGAGCACUUAGUGUGUAAUCAAACUUUGCAACAUUCUGCUGUCAUACAUAGGCUGGGUUGGUUUUUAAUAAUUCUAAUAGGUUUGCCCUGAAAAUUAAGACUAAACAUUUGAAUUGGAGGUAAUAGUGUGGUUUGUUAUUGUUAUCUCUUUUUCAAGGUUAUUCAUUUUCAGUUAGAUGAGCUACAGGCAGUCUGUAGUUGCUAUUGAUCACAAAGCAAAUAAAUAUGGAAGAUGAAAAGUCCUUUAAUCAUGACUUAUAUCUAUUAUUGAGGUUGUUUUCAUACCAGUAAUUUUAUAAAAUGUGUGUAUGUAUGUAUUAAUAAAUUAUGCUCAGUUUAAUAAUGCCCUUUAACCUGAGCACAAAUGUUACAUCAUUAACAAUAAAAGGCGUCUUUUAAAUUUUGUCUCUAAAAUGAAGUACCAUUGCAUUUUAAAAAAUGUUUUAUAUUAAAAAACAAAUUUAUAUACAUUAAAUUAUGAUAGUAUAAAUAAUGUGAUAUCAUGUCUGUCUUAGAGUCAUUUAGCAAUGUUGUUCCUUUUUUUGAAGUUCUGAAGUAAAGUUUGAGGAAUUGACACACCUGAGUUCCAGCUUUUAAAGACAAAAUGAUGCAGUUUAAAAUACAAAACUAAUUAGGUAAGAAUGAACUUUAUUGCAAGGAAAUUAAUCAUGUUGUAGUUCUUGUCACAAAGUAAUAACAAGUUAUCAGAAACAGUACGUUCCUUAACUGACAGGAGCUUUAUACCAUCUUGACAUUAUCCUCAACCAGCAAUCUGCACUAAUCACUAAAACAUUUAACUCCAGAGCUAUUUGGGGCAUAACUUGCCUAUGUUUGGGGAUAUUUUAUUUAAAAAAGAGAAAUUUAAAUACUGAAGAAAAUCCAUGAAUUAAAGUAACAGGAACAUUCUUGGCCACAAAUAAUACAUCUGUGUAACCAAAAGUACAUGGAAUCUUGGAUUGGGGCGUAUAUCCCCUAAUGUUGUCAUUCUAUAGCAUUAAUUUUGGAUUGUGUGUUGUUACUAAUGUGCUUGAUAUCACUAAGAAGACAAUACUAAUGAUAUUAUAAUUAAAUAAAGUAAUUUCAGUUUUCAAGGAAUAAUUGCAGAUUGAUUUAUAUUCUUUGAAGGAAAAAAUUUUUUCCCGGUUCUCCUUAUAGACAUUGGCAAGAAGAACAGAAAAUGCCAUUCAACAGAGAACGACGAGCCAAUUCCUAAAUGUAAUGACAGCUUAUUAUAAUAAAGUAUAUUCAUAAACUGGAAUGAUGGUCUCAGUAGACGAACCCAAACAUAUAGUUUUAAGUACUGAUUGAUAAUUCACAUGGUAUCUUUUUACGUCACUGUUUUAAAAAUUAAAAAAAAAUAAAUCAUUACUGUUUUUAAUAUGUCAUACAA